AUGGAGCAGCGGCAGAUCAUCCAGCAGGACCCUGCCCAGGUGAAGUCCAUCAAUGCCUUCACGGACUCCCUGGCAAAGGCGCUCGCGGAGGCGGAUGGCCUCCCCUCGAAGGAGCUCACCCGGGAGCUGCUGGCGGACGGCCUGCGGAGGGCGCUGGACGUUGGCGGGGAGCUGCCGAAGAAGCACUUCCUGGAGAUCCUUGCUGCCAACAUCCACAAGUUUGCCUUGCAGGAGCAGUACUCCCUGUCUAGGGUUUACCCCGUGGAGAUUAGUUCCGAGUACAAGAACUUGCAGUCCUUCUUUAGCGAUGGGGCAGAGGAUGUGGCCGGCCAUGCACGCGCGAGGGGCGGCGAGCCGCCCGCGCUCAUGGAGCUCCGCAGGCGCUUGACGGCUCUGCCGGCGACGCCGGGCCCUGCGGCAGAGGAGUUGGUGACGAAGCUCAAGGAGGAGCAAACCUCCCAAGCCCUCAAGGCGGUGGAUGCGCGCACGCGGACGGCCUUCUUUGCAGAGGUCCGGGUGAAUCUGCACAGGCUGACGGAGGGCCAUCAGAAGGAGCUCCUGGAGCGCUUCGGGGACCUCAAGACGGAGGUGGUGAAGCUCGUGGACUCCCUGACGCAGGAGAUCUCCGUGUGGCUGGACGAGGAGCGCGUGGCUUCCACGUGGCAGAACUUCGAGAAGCAGGCCAGCCUGGUGGCGCAGGCGCAGAAGCUGUUUCAGGCCAUGCUGAGCGACACCUUCCAGGUGAGCUUCCGGCACAUCGGGGGCGUGAAGCGGGCCAAGGAGGCGUUCCUGCUGCAGACGGCGGUCUGCCUGAAGACUGGGGCGGAGAAGCACUACUGGCAGCCGCCGGUAAGCGACCUCGCGGCGAAACUGCGGCGGAGCUUCUUCUUCGUGGAGGGCUAUGGAGAGCUCAUGGAGGACUGGAUGCAGCAGCGCCGCGUGAAGCUCAACGAGGAGUUCGUGCAGCGGGCAACCAGCACGCUGAGCACCAACUUCCAGGAGGUGCUCUCAAGGCUGCGCCAGAUCUUCAGGCCUGGCCGCUGGAUGUUCGUGUUGGAUCCCCGAGUGGAGGGGGACCUCAUCAGCCUCUUGCUGGACGAGUCCUUCCCCCGGCACGUGCUGAGCACCCAGUCCAUCUCCCGGCUGCUGGAGAUGGUGGGCUCGUAUGGGGGAGAUGACUUCCACAUCUACAACGAGAUCGCGCGGCUGCCGCCGCUGCGCCAGCCGCCCUCGGCGGGGCCGCAGGACCUCACGGAGGCGGCGCUGCUGGAGCUGCUGCGGCGGCUGCCGGGCUUCGGGUUCCUGCCGCGCCUGGGGGCGGGGAGGUAUCGCUUCGGGUCACUGGAGGUGCUCUUCCACAUGACCGGCACGGAGCUGGCGGCGCAGGUCAUACAGCCUCCGUCCACCGAGGUGAUGCGCGCUGUCGACUUCUUCUCCCAGCGGGGGCCGCAGGAGUUCCCAAGCGCGGCCCUGGACGCCGUGAAGGCCUCCGAUGCGCUGGGCCUGGCGCCCACCAUGACCAUCCAAGACGGCUCUAUGCCGAGCUUUGGCAUGGCCUUGGCGCCGUCCCUUGGGGCGCCGGCUUUGGGGGCGCCCUUGGGCGGUCCAUCCCUUGGCGCGCCGUCCCUUGGCGCGCCGUCCCUUGGCGCGCCGUCCCUUGGCGCGCCGUCCCUUGGGGCUCCGUUGCUUGGCGCGCCGUCCCUUGGGGCUCCGUUGCUUGGCGCGCCGUUGCUUGGGGCGCCCUUCGCCCCUGCUUGGCCGAAGUAUGGCAUCGAGGAUGACGAGAUUUGA